GCCGUCCAACAAGGCAGCGGAGCUCUCGGGAGCUGUACACUGCGCUCGUACACGGGAAGUGUGUCAUCAUGACGAACACAGGCGAUGACCCAUCGCCAUCGGUCGUUCCGCUGACGGUGGACGAUCCGGAGCAAGUGCCACCAAAGGACAAAGGCUUGUGGCGUGAUUUGGUUGCGUACUGGAUUUUAGGUUUGUGCAAUAAUUACGGCUACGUGGUGAUGCUGACGGCUGCACACGACAUCCUGAAGGAGCUGGAGGGCGACGAGGAUCACGCAAAAAGUGCACUGUAUAACUACGACGUAGCGAAUACGACAGCCCGAGCUAACGACGUAACCUACGGAUAUGAGAAGCGUCCGUGCAACAAGCUGUCAACAGGUGCCAUCCUCCUGGCGGACAUCCUGCCGGCUUUAGUAGUCAAAUCAAUCGCUUCGUUCCUCCCACUAGCAAAGCACGUUCGAGUGUUCCUGUGUGUCGUUGCAGCCGCGGCCGGGUUCCUGUUGACGGCUUUCGCCACCGUCGAAUGGGUGCUCUUUGUUGGCGUGAUAGCGACCUCGUUUUCUUCCGGACUCGGUGAGGCCACGUUCCUGGCAUAUGCGACCUAUUUCAACAAGAACGUCAUCUCUACGUGGUCCUCCGGAACGGGUGGUGCCGGUAUUGCCGGAUCGCUCUCGUACACUGGUCUAAGAGAGCUCGGUUUGACACCUAAAACGACCAUACUCAUCAUGCUGGUAGUACCGGCGUUGGAAGCGGCUGCAUUCUGGCUGUUGUUACGCCACAAGAACACGGACGCACCGGCUGAACCGAUCGAGGAUGGUAAGGAGCAGACACCCGAGAUCGAUUAUAACACGCUGCCGGAGAACGAGCGACCACUGACGAACUGGCCCGACCGUAUUCGAUACAUUCCGUCGCUGUUCAUCUUCAUGAUUCCGCUCAUCCUGGUGUACCUGCUGGAGUACUUCAUCAACCAAGGGCUGUUCGAGCUGGUGUACUUCCCAGGAAUCUGGUUGUCACAAUCAUCUCAGUAUCGCUGGUACCAAGUGAUCUACCAGAUCGGUGUGUUCAUCUCACGCUCAUCCGUCAACCUGAUCCAGUUCCGGCAUGUGUGGAUCAUGGCCGUGUUCCAGUUCCUGAACGUGGUGUACUUCACCUUCGAGGCGGUGUACUUCUUCACGCCCUCCAUCUGGAUCAUCUUCGUGCUGAUCCUGUGGGAGGGCCUGCUUGGAGGCGGUGGCUACGUGAACACGUUCUAUCGCAUCCAAACCGAUGUACCUGCGGCUCGUCGCGAGUACGCCAUGAUGGUGACGUCCAUUUCGGACUCGGUCGGCAUAGCACUGGCAGGUGUUGCUGCCAUUCCAUCGCACAAUGCGAUCUGUGAUCUGCCCGUGCCAAAUCGCUUACUGUGACACGCUGUUUCCUGUUUGAUAUUUUAAGCUUGCAAAAUAAACCGAUGCAAACGAACGU